CAUAUUUCUUUUCCUUGUGUUGAUGGUACCUUUUGAAGCUAACUUUUACUUCAUUGCCGCUCCUCUAAAUGUAUGAUUUCAAAUCAUACUAUGAAAGCUAAAGAUAAGCUUUGUACUUGAGGUAAAUUGAAAGUUUCAUUUUUUGUCCAGUAUCAUCGAUCCUUAAUGGGAAAAAAAUAUUUUACACAUUAUGAUCUGAACUUUAAAGAAUCUUAAAACAACCAUCCAUGAGACUUCUCUAGAUAUAUGGUUUCUCUGAAUCUACAAAUUGAGAAGAACAAAGGGAAAAACUAAAUUGGAAAAAAUGACUUCCAUUUGCAAAGUGCAUUUCUUAUUUAGUCAUCGAGAUGAAAAAUGGUUCUUGUUGAGAGAUGGAAAAAACUAUUUUAACAACAAAUGAUUUGAGAAAUUACUUAUAUUUAUUCGAAAGCUGAAUUUAUUUUCCCUGGAAGUCCAACAUUAUAUGCUUAAGAUGGAAAAGGAAGAAAUUAAGAAUAAAAAAUACUCCUUUUCCAUCUAUAUAUAGAUAUGCCUAUAUGGAUUUCAAAUUUAUUAUUUAACACGAAUAAGGUGUAGUAGCUCUUGUUUGUGAGGCUUGAUACAGAAAGCACUCAUGCAUUAUUAACUAGCCUUUUUUUACUCAAGUAAAAAUGUGUUCUGCAUGUUGAUUAUGUUGCCUUUCCAUGUCUAUGUUUUACAUUUGUAAAGGAAGAAAAUUGGAAAAGUGGCAUUGCCUUGGUGUGUGGCACAGUUACCUAGUGCUGGUUAAGUCUGCAUGAUGUAGGAAUUGUGCACAAUAGAAUACAUAAAUCGGGUGUUAACUGCCCCAACAUGUCCUCUUAUGCCAUGAUGUUUAGGAGUGUCAAACAAUAAUAAUUCUUUGACAUUAGUUUUUAACCCAUAAAAUGAAUAGUGUUUGUACCUUAUUUAUUUGUUGGAUAUUACAUAAGCUUUUUUUAGAAAAUCGUGUUCUCUCCUUUCCCUGAUAUCACCAUUCACUAUGAAUAUAUAUGGUAGGGUUUGAAAGUGCCAAGUAUUUCUACUUGUAAUUAUAAGGGGGGGAAAACCUAUGCAUACCGGAUUGAGAUUAUAUUUAAAGGUUGGACGAGUCACAGGGCCUUCUUGGUUAGAUAACAUGACUAGGGGGAAGACCUAUUUGUUGGGAGGGAAAAAUGGAAGAGUUUCGGCAGAAGCUAGUAGUGGACACAUUGCAUGCAAGCACCUGUACAAGUUCAAAUGUAAUCCUAAUGGAUCCCUGUUUUGGUGUCUUUAAGGUGAAAAACAUGAUCACUCCAUUUUAGGAUAUUCCUGGAAAGACACAGUACAGGUGUCAGAGAAAUGACAGUGCCAUUUGUCUUGAAAAAUGAAGAACCUGGAGCCGUGGAACAUAUGACUUGUGGAUGAAAUCUUAGAAACAUUCAUAUAACCACAAGACAAGGGCUAUAUUCUAGGACAUCGAGAUAUUAUGGAGUGCAACAAAGAUGAAGCAGUCAGGGCAAAGGAAAUUGCUGAGAAGAAGUUUAUGGGGAGGGAUUAUGCUGGGGCAAAGAAGUUUGCUUUAAAGGCUCAAAAUUUGUACCCCGAGCUCGAUGGUUUAUCCCAAAUGCUGACUACUUUUGACGUUCAUAUUUCUGCAGAGAACAGAACUAGUAAUGGAGAAGUUGAUUGGUACGGCGUGCUUGGUGCGAACCCCUGGGCUGACGAUGAGACAGUCAGAAAACAAUACCACAAGCUAGCGCUCAUGCUUCAUCCUGAUAGAAACAAGUCUCUGGGUGCAGAUGAUGCAUUUAAGCUGGUUUCAGAGGCCUGGGGCUUGUUAUCUGAUAAGGAAAAGAGACGAGCAUACAAUCAGAAACUGAGUCCUGCAGAAUGGCAGGGGAGAGUAUCAACCCAGACUAAGGCUCCCUCUGCCCAACAUAGGGAAAAUGGCUUUCAUAAUCACAACAGUACUGUAACUUCGCAUACAAGGACUCAGAACAAGAAUAUGCAGUCAAGGCCCGCAUUAGUCCCUUCUCCGUCAUCUAAAAAACCUGAUACGUUUUGGACUAUCUGCAGUCGAUGUAUGAUGCAUUAUGAGUAUCUGAGGGUUUAUCUGAAUCACAACCUGCUAUGCCCCAACUGUCAUCAGCCUUUUUUGGCUGUUGAGAAGGAUCCACCUUCAAACGUUAUGAAGUCAUCCCAGAAUCCAAGACAUCAUGCUGGAAAUAGUAAUGCAUUUAAUUCUCAAAUAAAUGGUGGUCAAAAUUCAGGAUCUGAGGGGUUUGGAGUACACAAUUCAACUAAUGGUCCAAAUCUCCAAUGGUGUAAUUUUGGAGGCAAAAUUGCAUCAACAUCAACCGCUGGUCAUGCUAAGAGUGUGGUUCAGAAAACACAUGACCAAUUGAAGAGAGAGCAGGAGGAUGCACAGGCAGCCACUGAAUGGGAGAAGCGUUAUGCUUCCAAAAGGGUGGGUAAUUCUGCUCUUAGAGCAGACCAACUCUUUAAAAGGAGGAGAUGUGAUGAAACUGGCAUGAACAAUCACGGAGCUGAUGUUUUGAAUCAAGCAGUCAUUGGAAAUGGAGGAGCAGGAAUCAGAAAUUCAUCUGAACCAAGAAGGGGCCAAUUUGAAGCACAAAGGGUUCAUGGUUUUUCAGAUAUUCAUACCAAGUCCAUCACUGGACGAGAGUUGUCCCUUCUCGAGCUUCGAAACAUUUUGAUGAAGAAGGGACUCUUGGAGGUGCGUGGAAAACUUAAAGAAUGGAGCUCAAAUCAGGUGAAACUGAAAGAAAGUAAAACACAGGAAAGCUUGGUGAACAAUGAUGCAAAUAAACGUAAGAGUGGUGACUCUGCUGGCACUUCUUCCAAUGGAUCUACUAAACAGGCACCAGCACCUUUGUCAAUCAAUGUUCCAGAUCCUGAUUUUCAUAAUUUUGACUUGGAUCGAACAGAAAGUUCCUUUGGUGAUGACCAGGUCUGGGCUGCCUAUGAUGAAAACGAUGGGAUGCCCCGAUAUUAUGCUCGAAUUCACUCAGUGAUCUCUUUGAAGCCUUUUAAGAUGAAGAUCAGUUGGCUUAACUCAAGAAGCAACAGUGAAUUUGGCCUUCUAGACUGGGUGGGGUCUGGUUUUUUAAAAACUUGUGGUGAUUUCCGGACUGGCAGACAUGAAAUCAGCAAAACCUUAAACUCUUUCUCACAUAGGGUUACAUGGUCAAAAGGCGCACGUGGAGUUGUUCGCAUCCUUCCAAGAAAGGGAGAUGUCUGGGCUCUAUACAGAAACUGGUCUCCAGACUGGAAUGAGGACACCCCAGAUGAAUUGGUGCGAGAAUAUGAGAUGGUAGAAGUACUUGAUGACUACGAUGAAGAACAGGGCAUAUCUGUUGUUCCUCUUAUUAAGGUUGCUGGUUUCAAGGCAGUUUUUUGUAGACAUGUAGGUCCAAAUGAUAUUAAGAGGAUUCCAAAAGAAGAGAUGUUCCGCUUCUCUCAUCAGGUCCCUAAUCAUGUGCUUACAGGCGAAGAAGCUCAUAGCGCUCCGGAGGGUUGUCGGGAAUUGGACCCAGCUGCUAUCCCUUCGGAAUUUCUCCAGGUUGUUACCGAAGCCAGUGAAGCAGAAUUGGUGGCAACUGGUAGAGAAGCUGACAAACAAACAAUGCAAAGUUUGUCACAAACAGAGGUAAGCCGAAUGGUUGAUGAUGCCUCAAUUACUAGGGAGAUGAUAAGAAGUGAAGAUCAUGCCAGAGAUGAUCCAACAGCCAUCUCUUCAGAACUUCCUCCGGUGAUUAUGGAAGUCAGCAAAGCACAAAUGGAGCACACUGGUGGAAAGGCCUAGGAAGAAAUGGCUUGGAUUUCUCCACAAAUGCAGGCAGUCCUCAUGGUGAGGAUGCUUCAAAAGGUAAGAGAAUUGGGAUGAUAGAAACUGAAGAACGUUUUCUGAGUUGAUACAUGAAGGUCGGUACGUAGGCCAGCCAAAGCAGCUAAUACUGUAGCUUAUCCUGCAAAAGUUAAUAAGUUUGCUAGUGGAAACAGCUCAACACACACCAAUAUAGGCAAGUUUCUUUUGUUUUGUAAAGCUGAUCCGAACUGUAGAUGCUUCUUUUUGCCAUAACUGGAGAUGCUGUAAUUGGAUCGGAAAAUGAUCCCGAGUUUUUUGUUUUGUUUUACUGUUAUGGCUGUAUAAUUUUCUGAUGCUUGAACGAUAAAGAAGCUCAUCCUUGACCAGAGUCAAGUUUUACCAGCAUCAA